UCUCCCCUCUUUGUUUCUUCUUCUCCUUGUUGUAUACCCCGUUCUGUUUCUCUGUUUAUACGCAUCCUCGCCGAGGAUUGCCCACUAAAAGUUUUGGUCUCUUUUCUUUUUUUCGUCCUUUUCUUUUCCGCUUUUUUUUUCUCAGCCUGCCCGCCGCCCCGGCCGGUGUGAGAGGCCCCAGAACCCCAAACCCACAGAUCCUACGAUAUCAUGCCUCAUCCUGAAGAUCCUACUCCAGCCAUGACUACCGUCGUUUCCAAGACCCCCUCCGGCGUCCCUCCCACUGCGGAUGAGGUCAACUCCAUCCUGAACACCAUCUUCCAGGCUGAGACCUCUCAGCAGGCGCUCGAUGCCUCCUACGCCCUCACCAACCUGUUGAUCCAGAGUGUCGGCUGCUCCGGUUUCCGUACAUACAACAUCCUGCCCCCGAUCAAGAAGGCUGCUACCGACAAGAAGAAUGGCGCCCUCCGCGAAAGUUCCAUGCUCAUUUUGGGCGCCCUUUUCGAGCGAUUCCCCCGCGAACACCCUCUGAGCGAAGUCGUCUUCCUUCUGCAGGACGGCGGUGUCCUGAACCUGGCCCUCGAUCUGCUGGCCGAUAAGGGUGCUGUUGUGCGCGAUGCUGCUCAGUACGCUAUCGAUGCGCUGUUUGCCUGCCUCAAGCCCGAGGCUUUGGUCAACGCCCUUCUUCCCGCCCUCUCCGCCUAUCUCAAUCAGAACACGGCCAAGUGGCAGGGUUUCGUCGGCGCCUACAGCCUCAUCGAGAAGAUGGCUACCAAGUCGCAAAUGGGCACUGGAUCCCUGGACGAGGAGCGCGAGAAGGACCUUUUGCGCGAGGCCAUGGGCAAGACCCUGAAGGAUCUGAUCCCGUUGGUCGAGUCCGGCAUGCACGAUUUGAAGAACGAGGUCGCUAAGAAGGCCAUCAAGGCUAUGAAUGCUCUCACUACUCUUCUGUCCAACGACGACGUGGCUCCCCGCAUUCCCCUUUUGAUCAAGACCAUGGAGCAGCCAUCCGAGCAGACCUUGCAGAAGGCCAUCCACGCCCUGUCCCAGACUACCUUCGUCGCCAUCGUCACCUCCCCCGUUCUCGCUCUGCUCACGCCUCUGCUCGAGCGUUCUCUUAACGCCCCCACGACUCCCCAGGAGACCCUGCGUCAGACUGUCGUCGUCGUGGAGAACCUCACCAAGCUUGUCCACGACCCCGCUGAGGCUCGUACUUUCCUACCCAAGCUGAAGCCCGGUGUCCAGCGCGUCAAGGACCGUGCUUCCCUGCCCGAAGUUCGUGAGCUCGCCACUCGUGCUUUGGAUGUCAUCGAGAAGGCCAUGGCCGAUAAGGAUGUGGCUGCUGGUGUGGUUGUAAAGAUCACCCCGGAGGAAGUCCUGGCCGUGCUGGAGGCUAAGAUCCAGGAGCACGGCGGCCUGGCCCGCCCUGAGGACGCCACCUUGUUUGCUCUGGGUAAGAACUAUGUCGCCGAGAUGGUUCGCGAGGAUGUCAACUGCCGCAUGCACGACCGUAUUCCCGCCUGCAUUGCCCCGUACCUGCGCGGUCUGCUGCACGAGGACAAGCACGACGCUGUCGCCGCCGCCGUCCAGGAGCACUUCGUCGAGGAGGACCACCGCAAGUUCGGCAAGCCCAUUCCCGACGACCCCAACGAGGUCGAGAUCGUCAACGCCAACUUCUCUCUGGCCUACGGUGGUAUGCUUCUGCUGUCCCACACCAACCUUCGUCUGCUGAAGGGUCACCGCUACGGUCUGUGCGGUCGCAAUGGUGCUGGUAAAUCGACGCUCAUGCGCAGUAUCGCCAACGAGAAGCUGGAGGGCUUCCCCCCGCAGAGCGAGGUUCGUACCUGCUUCGUCGAGCACAACCAGGGCGAGGAUGCCGAUCUCAGCAUCUUCGAGUACGUCUCCAAGGAUCCCAUGAUUGCUGCCGAAGGCGAGGAGCACAUCCGUAGCGUGUUGCUCGAGUUCGGCUUCACGGACGGUCCCGAGGGCCGUCAGAACCAGCGCGUGGGCUCCCUGUCCGGAGGUUGGAAGAUGAAGCUCGCUCUGGCGCGUGCCAUGCUGCGCAAGGCGGACGUCCUCCUGCUGGACGAACCUACUAACCACUUGGAUGUGGCCAACGUCAAGUGGCUCCAGGAGUACCUGAAGAAGCACACUGAUAUCACCAGUUUGAUCGUCUCUCACGACUCCGGCUUCCUCGAUGAAGUCUGCACGGAUAUCUACCACUACGAACAGAAGAAGCUGGUCUGCUACAAGGGUAACUUGGCUGAUUUCGUCAAGGUCAAGCCCGAGGCCAAGAGUUACUACACCCUCUCGGCGAGCAUCGUACAAUUCAAGUUCCCUCCCCCCGGUAUUUUGGCUGGUAUCAAGUCCAAUACUCGUGCCAUCCUCCGCAUGACCAACUGCACCUACACCUACCCCGGCGCCAGCAAGCCUUCUCUGAGUGAUGCGUCCCUGUCUCUGACUCUGUCGUCCCGUGUUGCUAUCAUUGGUGGUAACGGUGCCGGUAAAUCGACCUUCAUCAAGAUGCUUACGGGUGAAACCAUCCCUCAGACCGGUAAGGUCGAGAAGCACCCCAACUUGCGUAUCGGUUACAUCAAGCAGCACGCCCUGGAGCACGUCGAGAUGCACCUGGAAAAGACCCCCAGCCAGUACCUUCAGUGGCGUUACGCCAACGGUGACGAUCGCGAGGUGUACCUCAAGCAGACCCGUAUCCUCACCGAGGAAGACAAGGCUCAGCUGGCGAAGCCGGUAGACCUGGGUGAUGGCCGUGGACCUCGCCGUAUUGAGGCGCUCAUGGGUCGUCAGAAGUGGAAGAAGUCCUUCCAGUACGAAGUUAAAUGGGUUGGCCUUCUUCCCAAGCACAACACCAUGAUCUCCCGCGAGACCCUGCUCAACCUCGGCUUCUUCAAGCUCGUCCAAGAGUUCGACGACCACGAGGCGUCCCGCGAGGGUCUUGGUUUCCGUGUGCUCGACGCCAAGGUCAUCUCGAAGCACUUCGAGGACAUUGGUCUGGAUCCCGAGAUUGCCAACCACAACGAAAUUUCCGGUCUGUCCGGUGGUCAGAAGGUUAAGGUCGUGUUGGCGGGUGCUAUGUGGAACAACCCUCACUUGCUCGUCCUGGACGAGCCGACUAACUUCUUGGACCGUGACUCCCUGGGUGGAUUGGCUGUGGCCAUCCGUGACUUCAAGGGUGGUGUCGUCAUGAUCUCUCACAACGAAGAGUUCGUGGGCGCUCUCUGCCCCGAGCAGCUGCACGUCGCCGACGGUCGCAUCGUCUCUCGCACCAACACCGCCAUCUCGCUCGACCGGUUCGAGGACAGCGCUGCCAGCUCUCCUCAGCCUGGCAGCACGGCCGUCAACUCCACUGCCACGAGUGCGGCUGCCUCGGCCGUCAACUCGGGAGCGGAGGAGCAGGGCGAGCUGAAGUUCAAGGCUAAGAAGAAGAAGAAGCUCACCCGUGCUCAGCUGAAGGAGCGUGAGGCCCGCCGCCGUCUCCGUCAUCUUGAAUGGCUCCAAUCGCCCAAGGGCACCCCCAAGCCCCCGGAUACUGAUGACGAGGAGUAAAUGCAUUGUUAAGUUAUGAUUUUGUUUGCAUCGGCAGCGGUGUGAUUAGACAUGUUCUGGCUUUGGUUCCUUAUAGACGGCUGGUUUAUUGCUUGAUUAAUGAAGCUUGACGAGUAUAUAGAUGUAGACUUGCUCUGAAUGAACUUUUUGCACAUGACUUUCGUCUCAAAUCGAUAGUAAACAAAUAGUUCGAUG